AUGACUCCUCAUUUGAAUGUCUUUUGCAUUAAAUUCUUCGAUAAUUACUCGGUUUUGUUGUCACGAAUAAUCCAAAGGGACGGCUACCUGGCCUUCAAUAAGGGUUUACUGUCGUACAAGUUUCCCGUGAAGUUCCCAUUCGUACCCAAGGAUAACUUCAUGGAGGACCCCUCGAUGAUCGCCCCCUGGUUUGCACAGCAGGACAUACCUACGGAAGUGCCGCACGCGGGCGUCUACUUAAGGAUAGUAAACCUCGAGUCGGAAUACAACAUAACAUUAAGGGAUCGCAUAUACUAUGACUUCCGGGAGGGUAUGAUCGGUGCCUCCGAUUUCAAGCCCAAGUUUGCGCUGAUAAUCACGUGGCGGAACAUGACCAUGGUCAAUAGGCAACCUGACAUGCCACUUCUGACAAACACAUACCAGUGCGUGUUGGCCACGGAUGAGAUCCGGACGUACGCUAUGUUUAAUUACGAACAAAUCCAGUGGAUUACCCAUCAGGACAAGUAUAAGGGUCUCAAGGGAUCGGCAGCUUAUGUGGGUUUCAACGCUGGUAACACUACCCGUACCUUCGAGUUCAGGCCGUACUCGCAAAACCCUCGCAUAUCAUACCUGACCACCCGGGGUUGGGGUAACGGCCUAAGAGGGCGUUAUUUUUUCCAGAUCGACGAGGAGGUGUGGCCGGGCGCCUGUAUCGAGAAGGACUUGGACCCUAACUUACCCGAUCGACUACCCCUUACAUUUUUCCCGCGUGUAGGCGCUAUG